AUGGAUAGAGGAAAGCUUCUCCUCCGCUCCUGGGACCAAGGUCUAGUUGCGCAGGAGCUGAGCAAGUACAAGCUCAUUCCUCGGAGACUAUCUCCAGAGGCAGUCAAGGCUGCGCAGGGCCUCAUCGUCCCCGACACUACACCAGACAACAAACUCUCAGUCGGCACCUUCUCAGGAACCUCAAAGGCCUUGACUCAGGUCUUCAAGAGAAUCGAAGACCGUUUCCACUCUUACUUCGAUGUCACUGGUAUUGAGCCAUCCAUUCCGCAAGGCACCAAACGCGAGGAUGCCGUGAGCAUUUACAAUUGGUCUCCAAAGACUGGCCCGCACGCAGAUAACUAUCCGCCUCACUUAGACUUGAUUCCCAAGACGGAUGAAGUAUCUAUCUUCAAUAUCUUCGACAAAAUGCGCCUUCUGGAUACGGGAUUCGUGCUGCUCUCUGUGGUCCCAGAAUCGAUCAAGGACUUCACCUACAGCUACCCUGACCAGGGAGCUACCAUGGCUGACAUUGAUAAGCGUAACGCCACGCUCAGGGCUGAGAAGAAGAACAUUCUCAGCGAGCCCAACAUUGGCGAUCUCAAAACGCACAAAUGGUUCACUGACGAGGUCUUCGCCCAACAGCAGUUCACUGGGACCAACCCAGUCACUAUCCAGACUGCAAGCACCUCAUGGAUCCAAAACUUCACUAAAGCUGCCACAAGCCAGAAUUUAACAGACUAUGUCGCACUCAUCAGCAGCGUCAGCAAGACCUCUUCGCUAUAUGUGCAGGACUGCGGAUAUUACCGCUCAACCCUAGGCGUGUCUGCGCAAGCUGUCUUCCAGGCCGAUGACACCCCGAAAGACAAAGCCCGCUACGCUUGCUCUUCGGUAACACUCUUCCAUCUUACAGACUCGGGCAAGUUGCAUCCUCUUGCGAUAGUCAUUGACUAUAAUGAGUCUAUCGACAACUCCGUCACCAUAUUCAACACCCGUAAGAGCCCGGAGGAGCAGACAGAUCAGGCCAAUGAUUGGCCAUGGCGAUAUGCGAAGUCAGCUGCUCAGAGUUCGGACUGGUUGCAACAUGAGCUCACCGUCCAUUUGACCAAUUGUCAUCUAGUUGAGGAGGCCACAAUCGUCGCCAGCAAGCGGGCACUUGCAACUAAUCACCUCGUCUACCGAUGCCUUCAGCCACACUGGCUCAAGACAUUGUCAUUGAAUGCGGCCGCUCGCGCCACACUCGUGCCCAGUGUUAUCAUACCAAUCGUCGGUCUUACGGGGUCACAGACAUACGAAUUCAUCCAGAAGGCGUAUCAAAAUUUCGACUGGCAGGCCAACUAUGUUCCAGCGGACCUCGAACGCCGCGGCUUCCCGGUCAAGGACAUCUUGGACCAAGGGAAUGUCAAAUUCCACAACUACGGCUACGGCAAGAUGGCGCUGCUAAUGUGGCAGGUGUUGCGAAACUUUGUUGCAAGAUUCCUCGCCAAUGGGGGCCAAGGAUUCGACACGGACGCAAAGGUGGCUGCAGACCUUGACAUCAAGCGCUGGUGUGAUGAGAUGCGAAGUGAUAAUGGAGGCCAAAUGAAGAGUUGGCCAGUCAUACAGACUGUCGACCAGCUGGUUGACUGUGUGACCAUGUGCAUUCAUAUCGCCUCGCCACUGCACACAGCCGUCAACUACCUCCAGGAGUACUACCAGUCAUUCGUAGUCAAUCGCUCACCGUCGCUCUGCGCACCACCGCCAACCUCCUUGCAGCAGCUCAAGGGAUUCCAGGAACCAGACCUCAUGAAGUCGCUGCCUAUUAACCGGCCCCAAGAGUGGUUGCUUGCGUCGCACCUAGUCCACCUGCUGAAUUUUCGUGUGGCAGAGGACCAGAACAUUCUCAACUACGCCAUCUCAUUGUACCAUCUGAGUGCACCCGGAACAGGUAGUGGUGAGACACAUAUCCAGGCUGCGGCUAAGGCACUGGUGGAUGACUUGAUUGAGCUUGGAGACACGAAAGACAAUGUUGGAAACAUCAUUCCUGGAGUGUUUUCCAAGAUCAGUGACGCUUUGGACAAUCAGGAGUUGCCGUACGACGUGCUGCAGCCCGUUGACACGGCCGUUUCUAUUUUAAUUUAA